CACUUGGACCCCAGCCUGAACCGCCGUCAUCCGAGCUACGGAGUUCAUCUGAAACGCGAGAGGAGACGAUUGAUGCAAGGCGGCAACGGCGGCGGCGGCGGAGGGGGGUGCAGAGAAGGAGACUGGGAGUGCGGCGGAUGUAGGAACAAAAACUACGCCUUCAGAAGCUUCUGCAACCGAUGUAAGCAGCCCCGUCUUUUGGUAGACAACAAAACUCCUCCAGAUUCCAAGUGGCUCCCCCGUAUUGGAGACUGGAUUUGCACAGGUACUUUUUUCUUGAUUGUGUUCUUCCGUAUUUUGGUGCGUUUCUAGAUUAUCUUAGCGUCUGUUUGCGCGAUUUAGGGUUUAUCCCACUCAAUGAUAUCGUAUGCGCGAUAAGUGUUUUUCUCAACUGGAUUGGUAGAUUUGUAACAUUCGAUAACGAUGCGAUGAACUCACUGUUAUUGUGAAGUUUAACCAUGUAAUCGUUUUUAAUAAAACCAUACCAAUUGGAAAAAAUGGAAUAGAAAUCAUUCUCCCUCCAUGUUGAGUAGUAAAGGGAUUGGGGGUUUUAAUUUAUGUGUUCAAUAUUAUUUUUAUGGCCUGAUCAAUAUGACUAGAAGUAUUGAAUUGUUAUCCGAAUCCUGGUUCUGGAUUAUAGCUAAUGCUAUCCAGUCCCAGUUUGGUUGAGUAAGUUUUUGAUAGAAUAAGUGUGCAGUUAGUCGAACUCUUAGGUUAACUAAUUUCUCCAUGUCUGUCACAAUGGUUUGAAUGUCUUCUAUCAUGUAAAUUCCUUUAGAAAUUUCAUUUCGGUAGGUUAAGGUAUUUCAUUUUUUCACUAUGUAUUGUCAUCUUGGAUGCGGGUUGGCGUGCGUAUUCUUGGAUUAUUUCCUCUCUGGUUGGGUUGUGCGUUGUGUGUGUGGAAAAAUGGCCCAUAGGUUGCACUAACAACAACUAUGCAUCAAGAGAGAAUUGCAAAAAAUGUGGACAACCAAAGGCGGUGGCCUCAAUGCCAGCAGUUUCAGUUCACGGUUCAACUCUCCCUACACAUCCAAAUUAUUUUUCUGGGGUAACUGGACAAGCAAUCCAACAUGCGCCAUUGCCAACCUCCCAGUGGUCUUCUUUAGCACAUGGUGAUCAUUAUGCAGUGCAGCCAGCUUCUACGUGGGCUUUGUCUGGGAGCAACAGUGCUGGAGUUCCAUAUGCAUUUGCAAAUGGGUGGCGUCAUGGUGACUGGUUUUGCAAAUGUGGGUUCCACAAUUAUUCUUCUCGUGCACAGUGUAAACGGUGUGAUGCUUCUCUGCCACCAUCUUCGGCCUCUUCUUUCAGCAGCCCAGCAAUUACAGCUCUUGGGACAAAGCGUCUAGCAUCAGAAGAACUUGUUCGUGACUGGGAAAACAAGAGGCUAAAUGCUGGACAUCCAUCAUAUUCGACCUUUGGAAGUGGAAACACGAUGGAGCUUUUGAAUUUGCAUGGCAACCUACAUACGCUUCCUGCAGCACCCACUCUCCUUGGGAAGGGGGCAAAACAGUGGCGCGAUGGGGAUUGGAUGUGCACGAAUUGCAAUAAUCACAACUAUGCAUCUCGGUCACAAUGUAACAGGUGCAAAACUCAGAGAGAGACGAGUGCCCAGCCGGUCAGUGUUGUCUAGUUCUCAGUUCAAAACAACGUUUCAUUAUCUUGCAGCUUCAUGGUGGUAUACUCUUGAGUACUCAUCUUUCUCCCUUGUUUUUCUGUUUGAUGUUGGGAAUGAGGUUUGAGUGAUUCUGGUUGGGAGUCGAAGGGGUUUUUUUCCUUCUCCGUCAACAUUGUUGAAGACGAGAAUGGGAAUAUUAUUUUGAGAUGGAGAUAGGAAUUUGUUUGUGUUAUUGUUGUCUAGCUUCUACUAUACACGGAGUAUGUUAAUUUUAUUGCUAAAGCUUUCUCGAGACAUGACUAUCAUAACUAUGUCGAUGCUGUUUUUUGGGUCUCGUUAUACUUUUUGUGCCAAUACAAAUACUUUUUUAUC